UUGAUAAACUUACAAAGUAUAUAUUGUUUACAUCUGAUCAAGAAUGUCUGGGGAGAAAAAGAAAUAUUAUCAUUAUACGAGUGAGGAAAAUGGUUACAUCAAACAGUCAACAAAGACGGGAAAUGGAAGAGGGGACGACGCACGUCAUGGGUCUGGCGUUUACCUGACAAAAAUGCCACCAACAGAACGCCAAAGUGAUAUAGCUAAAAACAACUACAUGGGUGGAUGGAAAAAACAAGAACGCUUGGGGAAAGUUGACAAAGCCAUUGAGAUAGAAUGCGGAAGCAGCGCAUCUGAUCAAGAAUCAGACCGAGACAUUGGGGUAUAUCGUGGUGAUCUUGACAUUCGAACACGAGGUUUCAAGAUCCAUGACGUCAAGAAGAAAUAGUAAAGAUAGUAUCAUCAGAUGGAAAAAUUUCGAUACCAUACCAUUUAACUUUUACUGAUGCAAAUAUUCAAUGAAUCAUUCAACAUGUUUAAGAUUUAUAUUCAGCCACAUAACAAUUUUAGCAUUUUUGUAUUUAUUUUUUACUAUGGCAGUAUGUUACAUUAUGUUAUAUUCACGCAAGAGUUUUAAUUAAAUUAUCAUUAUUAAACACUAAAUUAAAG